AUGGAGACAGAUGUAAUAGAUUUAGGAAAACAAGUCUUCGGCAAUCACUCUCUGCUUGUUUAGUAAUGUUUUGUGGACCUCAAGCUGAAACAAGCCAACAACGCAACUUUAAUAUUCUACCAAAAAUUUCCCCCCCUAUAAUUUUAGAUAAUAGACGGUUUUAUUCUACAAGAAAUCAAAUUGGAUAGGAUAUAUCAUCAAUUCUUGAAACCAAGUCAACAUGUCAUUCCCUAUACCACAGAUUUUUAUUUGGAGAAUCAGGACCCAAAGAUUCUCUUUUAAUUAUUUUUGUCAUUUUUAUACACAGGAAAGUUGGUAUACAAGGUAAGGGAGCACUAUAUACCCUUACUCAAAUUAGCCAUCUACUUCUAAUGUGACAUUCUCAUCCAAAGUUUACUCAAUUAACCAAAGCAAUCAGGAAUAAUCAGGAAUUUUUUCCUAAAGUUCUUAUGUGAUAUUUUUAAUGACGAAACUUACACCUAAACUUUACUCUCCAAAUAAAAGGCAUAAAAGUUCUUAGAGAGAAUGAUUAUAGAUAAUUCCCCCAUCAUCAUAAAACACACAGAAUUACAUAAUCAUAAUAAAAAGGAUGCCCAAGAGUAGAUUUAAAAAUCCUUUAAACAAGUGAGUCCCCAAUUAUUCAAUGUGUUUGCUGAUACUCUCAAGGCCAAUCCUGAAAAAAUCAUCUACCUUAGUGCAUUACUAUUCUUUAUUAAUAAGUACGAAAAUCCUUGGAUCAAAACGAUCGAGGGGAUUUAUUUGGGAAAAAUGUAUGAUUUAAUAGAUGAAGAGUUCUACGAUUAACACGAAGAGUGGUUAACUGAAAGAUGCAAAUUAGUAUUCAGAAUAUAAAUAGACAAGUCAUUAAAUCAACCUUUUCAUAUGAACCACUCAGUCGCAUGUGAUUUAGUGAAUAAAUCAUUUGUAGCUUCUUGUUCUCAUCAUAUGUGCUUGAAUUGCUUCUAUGAAUAUUUGAGACACCGAUCGCAAUUCAAAUAUCAGAGUUUGGAAAUCCCUCAAAAAAUCAGAUGUUUGACAAGACAUCUUAAUAAAGAUAUAUGUGACUGUUUUUAUUAAGAUCAAGACUACUUACAAUUAAAAUAAUAUGGAAUUAAUGAAAUAUUAAAUUUAUACCUUUAAGAAAAAAUCUGA